GACAUUUGAAAAUUAAUGUUUUGUAGUGUUUAGGUUCUUGAAACGGCGAAUAUUUGAUAGACACGUAUAAAAUAAAUUCCAAAAUCCAUUUAUUUUUUAUACUUCAAAGACAAUGAUUUAAAUUUGUCUAGUGUUAUUCUUGUAGUAUAGAAAAUUUAAAUAAAUAAAAAUGUCUGAUAUUGGAGACUGGUUCCGAUCUGUGCCCUUUUUCACCCGUUACUGGUUCGCUGGUACAGUUUUAUUCACACUUCUGGGAAGAUUUGGAAUUCUAAAACCUAUUAAUUUAAUAUUACUAUAUGAACCUUUGAAACGAUUCCAAAUAUGGAGGAUAGUCACCUCUAUACUGUAUUACCCACUUAGCCCGCAGACUGGUUUCCAUUUCCUAAUUAAUCUAUAUUUUUUGUACAAUUAUUCUCGUAGAUUAGAAGAAAGUACAUAUGCUGGGAAACCUGCUGAUUAUUGUUUUAUGUUGAUUUUUAACUGCCUCUGCUGUGUAAUUUUGGGCCUUGUGGGGGAAGUAUAUUUUCUGAUGGAUCCUAUGGUCCUUUCCGUUCUAUAUAUCUGGUGCCAGUUAAAUAAGAAUCUAAUAGUCACCUUUUGGUUCGGUACUCGCUUCAAAGCCAUGUACCUACCUUGGGUUCUCCUUGGAUUCAACCUUAUCAUCAACGGAGGAGGAAUUAUGGAAUUGUUUGGAAUUUUGGUGGGUCAUUUAUAUUUCUUCCUCAUGUUUAAGUAUCCACAAGAGUUGGGUGGACCUGCCCUUCUCCAGACACCGGGAUUUUUGAAAAGCAUCUUCCCCGAUCAAAUCGGAGGUGUGCAUGGUUUCGGUGUGCCUCCCCAAAGGGCGGCAACUGAUCAGAACGCUCCCAGAGCCGCAGGAGGGUUGUUUGGGAGACAUAAUUGGGGAAGGGGGUACACACUAGGUGGAAACUAGUUUUCACCUAACGUCUAGAAUAAAGGUAUUUAAUAUUAACUGUUCGAUGUAAUAAUGCUUCAUAAUUAUUAAUAAAGUAUUGUUUGUAAAUUUA